UCCGCCGCUCCGGGGCUGGAUGCGGAGCCGGGGCGGGCCCGGUGCUGGGGCGGGGGCAAGCGGCGUUACAAGAGCCCCGCGGCGAGGGCGGCCCCGGCGCACUCCGGUCCCGGCGGCGCCAUGGAGGAGGCGCAGCGGCUGCUGACCGUGUCCGUGUGGAAGCUCUACCGGUGCCGGCUGCAGCGCGGCGGCCUCCGCCUCCACCAGAGCCUCCAGCUCUCGCUGCUCGUCCGCGCUGCCCGGCACCGUUACCUGGCCGCCCGCGCAGCCGCCGAACAGGGAUCCACCGCGGGGAACCACCUGGGGAUGGCUCCCGGGGACCCGCACCGAGAAGACCCCCCGAGAAGACCGAGCCCGGCCCCCCGCAGCCCCCGAGACCGGGAGGACCCAGAGAGCCCGGACCCCCGGAGCACCCUGGACCGGGAGGAUCCAGCGAGCCCGGACCCCCGGAGCAACCGGGACCGGGAGGACCCAGCGAGCCUGGACCCCAGCAGCACCCAGGACCUCUCCCAGGACCAGCACCGGGACCAGCCCCAGGCCUCCCCGAGCCGGUACCGCUCUCAGACGAGCUCUCCGAGGCCGCCACCGCCUCCCCGGGACCCUUCGAGCGCUCCCUGCUCCUCGCCGCCGCCUGAGCCCGGUUCCCCCGGAGCUCCUCCAGUCGCACGGGUCGGGCGCAAACGGCAGAGCAGCGGCUCAACCGGUGCCGGGCCGGUCCUGGCGCCGAGUAAACGGUCGCGGCUGGAGGCUGAGAAGCCUCCGCUCGCUCCGGGGCCGCCCGGUCGGUGCUCGGGACCGCCCGCCGCUGCUUUUGCCUUCCUGGUCCGGGCCGUCGGGGCGUGCUGAGCCCCCGCUGCGGACCCUCGGACUCUCGUGGCUCCCGGUGGGCUUCCCCUCUCGGUAACGCCUCCUC